AUGAACAUCCAGGGGACGACUACUCCCUUAAACCGACCCGAUCAAGGAACUCAAAUUCCUCGAGGUCAACCAAUGGGACCUCCUCCUCAACCACCUGCUGGUUAUCGUUCUGCAAUAUAUGGUUCUCCUGUACAAAGGAUGGAAAUACCGCGUACUAAUGGUGAAUUUGCAAAAGGUAUGUUAACUCCCAUAAAAAAACCCUUUUGUAGAAGGGCCACAACACCUGCAUCAACUAUGCUACUCUCUGAUGAGAGAACUGAUAAAACGAGCUAUGAAAAUGAUAUUUUAGUCUAUUCUGGUGUUGACUUAAAGGCGGAAGAAAAUAAUAUACGAAGAGAAAAUGAAUUAUUGACGGCGCGUCAAUCCUCCUUUUCAACACAAUAUCAACCUGACCGCUCACGGAAUCAAAAUUUCUUAAAUCAGAAAACAUUGAUUGCAAAGGUACAAUCUAUAGCAUUACAACAUAAAAUAUUAAAUGUUCAUCCUGAAGCAUUAGCUUACUUGGCACUUGCUACACAAGAAAGAAUUAGAGAGUUAGUGGAAGCAAUGAUAAUUGCUAAGAAUCAUCGAAUACAUUCAGAACAUAUAAAUCUUCCACCCGUCAGUGAUGGUAAACUUCCUAUGUAUAAAGAGGUAAUUAGUUUAGAUGUUAAAUCACAAUUAGCGGCAAUAGAAAAGGUUGAAAGGGAACAAGAACGUAAAAGGCGUGAAUUAUUGGUAGGACCACUACAAGAUUCCAAUUUAGAUGAUGAAAAAAUGGAAGAUGUUAGAGAAAUGACCGAAACGCAAACAACUCAAUCCAGACGUCCUAAACGUCAAAAGAAGGAAAAAGAAACCACAAGUGCUUCUCAAAUAAAUAAAAGUACUAUUGAUUCUAUCUCAAUGAGUACCAACCAAACAGCCUUGGUAGCCGCAGGAGGUUUAACUAAAAGUUGGAUGUUACCACCAAAAGAUAUUUCAAUUCCUACCACAAUGAAUGGUGGUAUAUCAUCAUCAUCUAGCAAUCGGCCAUCACGUGGGCGCACACGUUCCUCAUCGAAUAUCACCAUAAAACAAGAGGAAGGUAAUGCUCAGUCCACGUUUUCAUUUCAGACACCAGAUAAAACUAUUGGAUUAAAUAAUGAGGCUACACCUACAGUUACAGUGAAAGAUGCGCUUUUUGUGCUUGAAAGAGAUCGUGGUGGAGGAGGCCAAGCUGGUGGAAGUCGAGAAGUACUAAUGAAGGGAUAUGUCAAAUGGCUUCGUUGA